UAACCUCCCGGCAUUCACUCUCUAUAUUUUCAACUCUCUCACACAUUCACAUAAUUCCAAACCUUUCAGCCUCGUAAAAAACAUUCCCUUCACAACUUCUCUAUAUAGGGAUACACUCCAAACUUCCAUUAUUUCUUCUCCUCUUCUUAAACUUUGGUAUUUGUAGCAAAAAUAACAAGAAAAAUUAAUUAAUGGCGGGUUCGUCGAGAUCCGUUAGAGCUACAACGGAGCUUCAAAUGCACAAAAAAUGGAAAGAUAGGGAAACAAGUCCUGAACGUACUAAAGUUUGGACCGAAUCUUCCAACUCGAAGCUCAAACACGAACGCAAAGUGCCUGUCGUUUAUUAUCUCACUAGAAAUGGCCAACUUGAACACCCCCAUUUUAUGGAAGUCCCUCUUUCUUCACCUGAUGGUCUUUAUCUUAGAGAUGUGAUCAACCGCUUGAAUUUUCUCCGAGGAAAAGGCAUGGCUUCUCUGUAUUCCUGGUCUGCCAAAAGGAGUUACAGGAACGGAUUUGUGUGGCACGAUUUGGCUGAGCACGAUUUUAUAUAUCCAGCACACGGCCAAGAAUACGUUCUCAAAGGAUCAGAAUUAGUUGACGGUGCAAUGACGGUAAUAUCUCAAUCACAAGACGAAGUAGAAUUUUCUUCUAGUUCGAAAAAUCAGGCGCCGGAAGUGAGAAAACUCGGCGAAGAUCACGAUGUUCCGGCAGUCUCACGGCGGCACAACCAGUCGUGGUGUUCGGCUGACUUCCACGAAUACAGAGUCUACAAAGCCGAGUCUAGUAAUGAGUCUGCCGGCAAAGCCGCCGCCGAUGCAGCAACUCAGACCGACGACCGCCGUCGCCGACGGAGAGAAAUCGGCAUUGCCGAAGAGGAGGAGGAGGAAGAAAACUAUACGAGUAUUCAACAAAUUCAAAGUCAUUCAACGGAGUUGAGCAGAGGAGAAAUCUCAGGCUAUACGAGUAUUCAGCAAACUCAAAAUCAUUCAACGGAAUUGAGCAGAGGCGAAAUUUCGCCUCCGCCGUCCGAUUCAAGUCCCGAGACACUCGAGACGUUGAUGAAGGCUGAUGGUAGGGUGAUCGUACGGCCAGAAACAGUCAAUGAAGAUCAAACGGCUGAUAACAAUAACAAUCAAUCAAGUGUAAAAAGCAAAGGAUCUUCUGUUUUCAUGCAAUUAUUAUCAUGUGGUUCUAUUUCCUUCAAGGAUUGUGGGCCUGGUGGUUAUGUUAAAGAUCAUGGUCUUAACUUGAUUUCACAUUACAAGUCAAGGGUGCCACGUGGGACAGGGUUAAAUAAUCAGGUGGAGAAGGAUGUAGAGGAUACUAAGGUGGAGUAUCAUAAUAAUGGGAUUAUCACAAAGCUAGAAGAUAAAGAGUACUUUAGUGGAAGCUUAAUAGAGACAAACAAGGACGAAUAUCCAGCACUGAUGAGAUCAUCGUCAUUUAAUGCAGAUCGGAACGCGAAAUUGGAAAUAAGGGAGAAAGAGAUAGAAGAAGUGAGAACAAAAUGCAUUCCAAGAAGGCCAAAGAAUCAAUCCACUGCCAGAAAUGAACUAGCAAGCAGUGAUUUGUCUUGCAGUAGCAGUGCCAGUAUUUCUAGUAGUAGCAGUAGCCAACAUGGUAGCAAAAGGGUAGUGGUCCAACCCCAACUCUAGAGCUUAAGCAAUAGUUUAGAUAGGGUCAGAAUCUCCAUAGUAGGUUGUAAAUACACUACUAAGAAAAACUGGAAAUUAUCUAUAAAUUUCGUUGUCAAUCUA